CACCCACUCCUAAGAUGCUCUCAGCAGCCCCUCUGAGGGCUAGGGAAAGGCUCUGGGGUCUGGCAUCACCUGGGCCCACUGAUGGCACCCCCACCCCCCACCCAGAUGAAGACGAUGUGCACAGAUGUGGCCGCUGCCAGGCCGAGUUCACCACUGUGGAGGACUUCGUCCAGCACAAGCUUCAGAAGGGCUGCCAGCGGGCCCCCCUGGAUGCCCUGCCCACCACCCCUGAGGCCACCGAACUGCUGGGCUCCGAGCAGGUGGUCCAAGCACCAGCCUCAGAGGAGCCCCUCACCCUGGCCCAUAUUGUGGUGGAGGCAGCGUCGCUUUCAGCAGACCUGGGCCAUGCGCCCGACCUUGUGGGUAAGUGGGACCAUGUGGGCCUUUUCUGGGCUAGGUGUGCUGGCUGUGGCUGGGCAUGGGAGGGGGCUGGUGUCUCCCAUCAGCCUUCUCAGGGCAGUGCUGGGGAGGGGGAUGAGGCUGGGGCUGGAGGUUCUCCCAGCGUCCACAGGGCUCAAUGGGCCAGGUGCCUCCACCUACCAGCCACCUCCUUCAACAUGGUCCCAGCUUGGCUCUCCCUGUGCACCCCCAUUGUCCCCCCGGUCCCCACUAGCCUCUGCCCUGACUCCUCGCCCAGCAGGUAUUCUGGAAGGCUGGUGCAAGCCUGGAGGGUGCCUGUGGGCCCCACUUGCCCCGAGACCUCGGCCUGCCCCUGCUGGCCUGCCCGAGGUGACCAUGCCAUCCUCCUGCCCCAGGGCUUUACAAGCUUGUGACGCUGCCCCAGGGCUCC